AUGUCAUGCAUUUCAUCCUGUCUUGGACCGGGGGUCUUUUUUACCUUGAACUUGGUUAUGUUCUGCCUGGGGCUCUACCUGCUCACAACUGGUGCGAAUAUCCUACAACUGAAAGACAUCCAGAGGUUCACCUCUUUUCGUCUCCCGGGGGAGAAGUUCACAAAACAGCUAAAGCUGGACAUGAUACCGGGGGUCAAGAUUUUGGCGGGUGUCGGGGUGUUUCUGGGCGGCUGGUUGAUGUCGACCGGCUUCCUUGGAAUGGCUGCCUCGAUGGUGGGCCUGAAGCUUCUCUACAUGGCUUUCAUUAACCUGUUGGUGCUGUCGCUUCUCCUGUGGCUGUGCUAUGUGUUCGCAAUCAAAUAUCUCACAUACCAUGCGGAAGAAAUUCAUCAGGUAGCCCAGUUUACGUUCGAGUUUGGGUUGAGAUUCAACUAUUGGGGAAGUCCAAACAUCACCACUGAUUUCGAGAAAAUGGUCGACGCAGUGCAGGCAGAGCUGGGUUGCUGUGGGCUGGACAACUACACAGAAUACAGACAAUUUGCUCUCAUCUGGCUCAACAACACUGACCAGGAGCAAGUGGUCCCUCCUUCAUGUUGUAAGUUAUUCACGAACGUCUACUUGCAGAACAGCACUUUUCUUCUCACGGAUGACAACUGUACCAGAACUCCCACAGCUGAAAACAGCUAUAUUGAGCAGCCCUGCUACUCUCUGAUGGUGACAAAGAUCAAGGCAAACAAGGUCAUGUUUCUGCGGAUGGCCGCUGGCAUUUCAGUUCUCCUGAUCACCAUGAUAGCGCUGGGUGUAGUCCUGAUGGUCACUGGUGGAGGCAUCCUGGGCUGA